CGUCGUCGAGAAAGACGUCGGCCUGUCGCGCCUCCUCCCGUCGUAUUUUCAGUUCCGACCGAACGCGCCGGCGGGGACUGGUCUAACGGGUAACCCUGGGGAAACAGGGUAAAAAAAAGAAAGAAAGAAAGAAAGAAAGAAAGAAAGAAAAGAAGGAAGGAAGGAAGGUAGGACGGAAGGAAGGAAGGAAAGAGAAAAAAAAAGAAAGAAAGAAAGAAAGAAAGAAAUAAAGAUAGAAGAAAACGCGCGUGCCCUAGAACAAAAGUUCCUCCUGCGUCGACUCCUUCGGCAUUGGCGAAGUGACGGUUUUUCAGGUCGACCGAGGAGUGGGAAAGAGAGAGCACGCGGUAGCGCAACAGUGUCCAACGACCUUUCCCGUGGAAGCAUCGUUCGUUCCGAGGAGUGUCGUUUCUUAUCUUAAUACCCCGAAACAGAUAGAAGGAAUAACGAUAAGGGAAAAAGAAGAAGGAAUCAGAAGAAGCAAAAGGGAGAGAGAUAGAGAUAGAGAGAGAGAAAGAGAGAGAGCGAGAGAGAGAGAGAGAGAGAGAGAGAGAGAGGUAGAGAAAGAGAAAGAGGAUUGUACAUUUUGCUGCUUUUUAGUAGUUGUCCGGGUUGACGAGGUGUGGUGCUUCGUGCUUUCGAGGGGAGGAACGAGAGAGAGACAGAGAGAGAUAGUGAGAGAGAGAGAGAGAGAGAGAGAGAGAGAGAAAGAGAGAUAGACAGAUAGAUAGAGAAAGAGAAAGAGGUGUUUCCAUAAAGUUAAAAUUAAAGUGCUGACUGAGUGGACGAUGAUUUGAAACGAAUAACAAAAAAAAAAGACAGAGACAGAGAGAGAGAGUGAGAGAGAGAGAGAGAGAGAGAGUGAGAGAGAGAGAGAAUGAGAAAAAAGGAAAAUCAUCGAAUUUGUUCACUGUUAUUCAAGUGAAAGGGUUUGGCAGGUUUGUGUCGGAAGUGUUUCGAUCAACCCAGACGGGACUUCGAACCGAUGUUGAUUUCGAUAAGAAUCAACGAAGAGUCGGUGAAACGUGGGAUCGCCGCCGGUGGUCGGACGUAUUCGUGGCGUAGCACGACUGCCACAGAGGAUGAAGAAGAAGUAUAAAAAUAACUGUCCCUGAGAGAGGAUGAGCAGAAAUGCACAGCUGACCGGCUCACCCCGUGAAACGGGACAGUUCCUUCGUCGUAGCGAUAUCGUCGCGUUUCUAUACUCCUCAAUCGAUCUUGACUUUAUAUCGCGAGGUAUACAUAGAACAAAAACAACAAAAACAACAACGACAAAAAGAAGAAGAAGAAGAACAACAAUAACAAAUACAAUGACAGUAACAACAAGAAGAAUGAAAAAAAGCUAGAAUAUACGCAUAUACAUAUACGUAUAGAAGAGACUCGCGCGCAUCCAACCAAUCACCACGUGCCUUUCUCGUCGUAAUCGUGGACGUUAACCUGGACCAUCGAGUCGUUACCCUCCCUUUUUCUUACAAGGAAUAUCAUUUGAUCGCUUCUACGGAUUUACCAUUAAAUAUUAAAUGACAAAAGGAAUAAGACUCUUUGAGCGUUAUCGAUAAAAAAAAAAAAAAAAGAAAGAAGAAGAAAAAGAGAAAAAGAAAAAGAAGAAGAAAAUAAUAUUAAUAAUAAUAAUAAUAAUAAUAAUAAUAAUAAUAAUAACAAUAAGAAUAAUAAUAAUAAUAAUAAUAAUAAUAAUAAAGGGAAAAAAGAACGGACACAUAGGAACAAAACGAAAAAAAGAGGAAAAAAACGACGACGAUACACAAGAACAUCAAGAACAACAAGAACAACAAGAACAGCAGUAGUAGCAGCAGCAGCAGCAGCAGCAGCAGCAGCAGCAGCAGCAGCAGCAGCAACAAUCAACGACAAAGAUAAACAGUUCCGUAAUCGUUAAGGAUCGAAGAAAAAAGAACAAAAUAAUCGUAAAAUACGCGUACGUGGUCUGUUUUAAAAAUAAAAGUUAGCCGAUAUAAAAGAUUCGUUAAUCUCGUGGAAAUGCCGGAAUCAUGCGUUCCUUCUUCGAGGCUAUUAAAACAGCGUGUAACAUCUUCGGAUUGGCGAAAGACUGACGACGACGAGGUCGAGCCGACAAAAUCGAAAACCAAUCGAAUAUAUUUCCCACGAAUAUCAACGUAUUAUAAAAAAGGAAAUAAUCAAUUGCCGUGCCUAACGACGAAACGUUCCCGGGAUUUUCCUUACGGCUUUUUUCUUACGGCAACUUUUACGUUAAUCCAUUGAUUGAUUUAAUUAAUUAUCGGAUACGAAUAGAACGAAUUAAAUGGAAAAAUUAUUAAACGUUUGUUCGAUAAUGAAGAGAAUUUUGGCGAUGUAUUUAAAUAUUUCGUUAUGUCGUCCGUGGACUCGAUUAGAAAGAAAAUUCUUAUCUAAUCUUUAUUGGUAAUAAUAUAUGAAAAAGGGAUAAUAAGUAAUCGAGAUUAGUGGAUCAUUUACGGUAAGAACGGAACGAACAUAGAUAGAUAGAGAGAGAGAGAGAGAGAGAGAGAGAGAGAGAGAGAGAGAGAGAGAUAGAAAGAGAGAGAGUAUACAACUAUAAAUAGAUGUUUUCUCGCUUAGAGGAUCAGUCUUAAAAGUUAAAGAAAGAAGGAGAGAGAUAGAUAGAUAGAGAGAGAGAGAGAGAGAGAGAGAGAGAGAUAGAGAGAGAGAGAUAGAGAUAGAUAGACAGAUAGAUAGAUAGAUAGAUAGAGAGAGCAAGAGAGGGAGAGAGAGAUAGAGAGAGAGAGAGAAAGAGAAUACUUCUAAGAAAAUACACGCACGGCGACCAACACGACCUUGUCCGAGUGUCCUUGCCUCAGACGAAGGAUCAUAAGUCAACAGAAAAGACGGGCAGCAGCAAGGUGGUGCGACCUUUGAUAUAUCUAAACAACAGAAAUAGCGGAAGCGAAUCGGAUCGAAGUUGGGUCGAGCGAUCGAGUCUUCUUAGAUAGUGCAAGCAUGUGUUGAAGACCAAGAGAACGUUCUCUAAAGAGUCAAGGAGCUGUAAAGUGACGAAAGGAAAGAAAGAAAGAGAGAGAGAGAGAGAGAGAGAAAGACAGACUCGAGUGAAACUUACAACUCUUUCGUGUUACAAUAGUGUUCACGGAAGUUGUUUAUUGCUAUCACUGCACAGAAAAGAGAAAUAUAUAUAUAUAUAUAUGUGUGUGUGAAUGUAUAUAUAUAUAUAUAUAUAUAUAUAUAUAUACAUAUAUAAACGAUAGAUAUUAAUUAUCGAUACAAGAGGCCUGAUUAGUCUCUCUUCGAGGAAAAAAAAAAAACGCCGACACGUUUACGUCUACCCAGAUAUCUGGGAAUCAUCCUGAGAUGCCUGUUAGACGAGGUCACGUGGCGCCCAGGACAACGAUCAUCGAGACCAUCAUUAGAAAGUUUGAUACUCACGAUCGAAGUUUUUUAGUGGCAAACGCUCAGCAAGGACUAUGCCACAUAAUCUACUGCUCGGACGGUUUUUGCCGGCUGACGGGUUUCUCCAGGGCGGAAGUGAUGCAAAGACCAGCGGUCUGCGAAUUUCUACAUGGACCGAUGACGUCACCGCAUGCAGUCGCAGCCCUGCGCGACGCUCUCGCUGCAGGCGUCGAGAAACACUUCGAGAUCCUCUACUACAGGAAGGAUGGAACCAAAUUCCUAUGCAGCGAGGUGAUAGCAUUGAUAAGGAGCGAGGUGGACGAUAUUUGCCUGCAAAUCAUAAACUUCGAGGAUCUGAGCUCGCAGCCUCCACCACAAGCUGCGAUUCCACCACCGAGUCAGGCCAACAACAGGCUUGUUACGCGCUUCGACAGGGCAAGGGCGUCCUUUCGCGCUGGCCUCUCGAGGACCGGUGUCGUUGGUCCACCGAGGGUCAGAAAUCGGCCAAGAACGACGAGCAACUUACCUCAUCGAGUCGCGGAUGGGACCAUCCUCGACGAGGACGCCUCUGAGAACUGUCCGCUAACAUGUGGUUCACCCACGAUGAUGGAAUCUUGGGGUCCAGGGAGGACUGGUACACCACCACCCUCCCUGCCAGUACCACCAGCUGGAAGCAACAAUGGCGGUGCUACAUCAGUGGCCAGUGCAAAUGUUGUACAGCCAAGUACUACAGCUCCUAUUGCAAGUCCCGAGGGUGUCAGCGAUGUCUCGCAGAAGUCGGGAAUAUGGGAAGGUCCGAAUUCAUCGGCAGGUGGGGUUACGGAAGGUGGACCUUCUCGAAGUGUUUCUCAUGCGGCAAGUUUAGAUGCAAUUUCGAGAAAGGCCAUAAAACCGGAUACGACGAGGGCGCCAUGUCGCAGCCUAACCUGCAGCGUUUUAGCAGGCAGAGGUAGCGAACACGUCACCCUCGAGCGAAGGCCAGCAACAGUCGAUAACCUCACCGAAGCAGCGAAACAUUCGAAAAUUUUCCCGGGUGUUGCUUCUGAGAGCGAUCUACAAAAAUGGAGAACGUCCAAGGAUCGAAAAUCACCUUCUCUCAGCCAAAUGGGCCCGGAUUCUAUCAAACACAAAUUCUCUCUGCAGGACAACGGCUCGGCGAAAUAUUUUCAAGGGGCCAUGCAUACGCCAAAUAUGGGUGAAAAAGUUGCACAGGUGUUGUCCCUCGGCGCGGACGUCCUUCCCGAGUACAAACUACAAUCGCCUCGAAUCCACAAGUGGACCAUAUUACAUUACUCGCCCUUCAAAGCGGUCUGGGAUUGGGUGAUACUACUUCUUGUAAUGUACACAGCCAUAUUCACACCAUAUGUCGCCGCCUUCGUGCUGUCCGAGCCGGAUUAUAACAGCAAGAAGAACAAAAAGUACGGUGACGAUCCGAUCGUCAUCAUAGACUUUAUAGUCGACGUCACAUUCAUCGUGGACAUCAUCAUAAAUUUUCGCACGACUUUCGUCAACAGUAACGAUGAAGUGGUGUCACAUCCUGGAAAGAUAGCCGUCCAUUACUUGAAGGGUUGGUUCAUCAUCGACUUAGUGGCCGCAAUACCCUUCGACCUUCUACUCGUUGGCUCUGAUACGGACGAGCUCGGCUUGGACAAGGACGAGACGACGACCUUGAUCGGACUUCUCAAGACUGCACGUCUUCUACGCUUGGUUAGGGUGGCCAGAAAAAUCGACAGAUACAGCGAAUACGGAGCCGCGGUUUUGCUCCUUUUAAUGGCCAGUUUCGCGCUCAUUGCACAUUGGAUGGCCUGUAUAUGGUAUGCCAUAGGAAAUGCGGAAAGACCGACCUUGAAGAGUAAAGUCGGUUGGUUGGAUAUCCUGGCCAACGACACUCAUCAAUUUUAUUUUCACAACAAUACAGGUGGACCGAGUAUAAAGAGUCGUUAUAUAACAGCACUCUACUUCACAUUCAGCAGUUUAACGUCCGUCGGUUUUGGUAACGUUGCACCCAAUACGGACGCUGAAAAAAUAUUUACUAUUAUCGUUAUGCUGAUAGGAUCUCUAAUGUACGCCAGUAUCUUUGGCAAUGUAUCGGCGAUCAUACAAAGAUUGUAUAGUGGUACAGCAAGAUAUCAUACGCAAAUGCUCAGGGUUAGAGAAUUCAUAAGAUUCCAUCAAAUACCAAAUCCACUUCGACAACGUUUGGAAGAAUAUUUUCAACAUGCCUGGACUUAUACCAACGGGAUUGAUAUGAACAGCGUACUCAAAGGAUUCCCCGAGUGCCUUCAGGCUGACAUUUGUCUUCAUCUCAAUAGAAAUCUGUUAAACAAUUGUAGAGCCUUCGAGGGUGCCAGUCCAGGUUGUUUAAGGGCAUUGUCUUUAAAAUUCAAAACUACGCAUGCACCACCGGGUGACACAUUGGUCCAUCGCGGAGACGUCUUGACGUCCCUUUACUUUAUAUCACGUGGAAGUAUAGAAAUUUUAAAGGACGACAUCGUAAUGGCCAUACUCGGGAAGGACGACAUUUUUGGUGAAAAUCCUUGUAUUUAUCCAACAGUUGGAAAAUCCUCGUGCAACGUUCGUGCUUUGACCUAUUGCGAUCUUCAUAAGAUUCACAGAGACGAUUUACUCGACGUUUUGGCACUUUAUCCUGAAUUUUCAAAUCACUUCAGUCAAAAUCUAGAGAUUACAUUCAAUAUGCGAGAUGAAGAACAAGCCGGUGUUGAUCCAAUGUCAGCAAGGUUUCCUGUCAGCACUCCAACCGACGUCGACGUCGACGCCAGGAGAUUCGCCUUCCGUCCACCAAGAUACCGUCGAGGACCUGGAGGAGGUCCUGGCACCAAUCUUAUCCCUACCGGUCGACAAGAUUCCUUGCAGGACGAUCAAGAAGACUACGACAAAAGUAGCGGCCACGGUAUAUUAGAAUUUAGUACCGACAAAGCUGGUCAAGAUGUUACGCCAUUAAAUUUGGAAUUCGAUGAACCGAAGCAAAGGAGUUCAACAUUGAAUUCUAUUACCGGCAUGCUAACCCAUCUCAAGCGCAGUAUACCGGACCUACGACAGCACAAGAUUCAUCUGCAGCCUCUAACGAGUCAUGAUUACCUCGCCAAACAGAUGACAACGCCAUUGACAAAACAAACACGUAGAAGUUCUGCCACCGGUGAAAGCUGCCUCAGUCAAAAUGCAAUACAUCCAACGUCUACUACAUCCAGUCAUUAUACAACCCCAUCACCGCCACAACAUCCUCAUUCUCAUGGAGACUUUCAAAGUGGACCUGGACGACCUAUUGAAGAAAUAAAUGCUAGGAUAGAUCAAUUGUCGAAACAAGUGACUUCAUUGGAACACUCAAUGACGGGGGAUAUAAGAUUGAUAUUGACGUUGCUCCAACAGACUCUUAAUUCCUCAAGGGAGAGUUCUAGCAUAGAAAUGAUGCCUGGAACUGCACCAGCAGGUUCUGGUAGACAAACUGGUAGACCACCGGCACUCGUUCAAAGAUCAGCCAGCGAGCCCCAACCACCAACAACUCCAGCCAUUUCGAAUAAUGGAAAUGGAAAGAUCCAACCAAGCACGUCUCAUGGAUUAUUUAGCUUUCUUUCGAAAUCCCUGGAUCAGUUGCAUUUGAUUUCGGCGUCUUUUAUUUUGGAAAAAUUGGACAAGUUCCGAAGUUCUAGCGUUUCACGAAGGAUUUCGACUUUUUGGAUUUGGAGAAACAAGCAACGUAUCUUAAAAACUGCCGAUGGUGUAGGAGACUUUCGACACGGAAAACUUGUUAGACCAUCGACAAGGGAACCAAUGUCGACAUCAUCGGGAACAUCGAGACUUACAAUGACGUCGGAUACGUCGGCGUUGGCGACUGCCCUUCAGGCAGCAUUGAACGGAAGAGCGGCACCAACGAGAUCACAGAGUCAGCCGGUAGACUUGGCAGUACCUACGACCACCCAACAGGCUCAUCAGCCACACGCUUGGCACAGCCAGCCUGCGGCAUUUAGAAGAGGAGAGUUUAGGAGCGGUAGGUACAGUUCGUUCAACAAACGAUCCGAGCCGGAAGGCGAGGAUCCUUGGACUUGCGUUGUCUCGGUACAAGAACCAAGAGGUGGAAGUUCCCAGAGACCACGUAGCGGUGAUUCACGUAAGGAUUCAUCCUCA